AUGGUGAGUCUGAGUCAGCACGAAUACAACGACUCUGCUACUGCUCCAGUUGACCCAUACUCUGACGCGUACAACGCCCCUCCGGCGCCUGCUCCCUCUGAGCGCGACCCUCUUCCGCCACGUGGCAGGUCUCGUUCCAGGAGCCCUCCUCGGAGGGAUACCAAUGGCAACGGUGCCAAUGGGGACUCUGGUCGCUACAGGAGUCCCCCUCCAUACCGUAGCAGAAGGUCCCCUCCACCUAGGCGCUCCCAUGCUCCGCUUCAACCAAACCCGUCUAAUGUAUUAGGCGUGUUUGGAUUGAGCAUUCGGACACAAGAGCGUGACUUAGAAGAUGAGUUCAGCAGAUACGGCCGCGUAGAGAAGGUUACAAUAGUCUACGACCAACGAUCUGAUCGAUCUCGUGGCUUUGGCUUUAUUCGCAUGUCUACUGUCGAGGAGGCUACGAAGUGCAUUGAAACGUUGAACGGCAUAGAACUGAACGGUCGUCGCAUCCGCGUUGACUACUCUGUUACCGAUCGACCGCAUGCUUCCACUCCUGGUGAAUACAUGGGUCACCGUCGGUCUGGAAGAGAUGCUCGUGAUCGUGACAGGGACCGCGACCGCGACCGCGAUUAUCGUGACCGCGACUAUCGUCGUGAUCGGGAUAGAGACUAUAGAGAUCGCGACCGUGAUAGGGAUCGCGACAACUAUGGUCGCGACCGAGACUGGAGGGACAGGCGCAGUCCGCCCCCGUCCAAAACCGGCCGUUACUCGCCUGAAUAUCGCCGCAGACGUAGCUAUUCACGGAGCCCUCCUCCUCGAGGCAGCAGCCCGCCCCGCCAGCUCAAUGGAAAUGGCAGGGACUAUGACAACUCUGUAGCGAAUGGAGCGCCCUCUGCUUCUGCUGGGGAAUCAAAUGGCAACCGGUGGUGA